AUUUUGUUUUGUCAAAAGUUGCCCAGAUAACUAUUAACAAGAGCAUGGGCUUCCAACAUACACAUCCAACGUUUAUCCAACAACACAAUGGCGGUGCUACUACGUUGUUCAUGCUUCUUUACACGGCCAACCGCCCUCCCAUCUCCACCGUCUGAUCAUUUCUCCGACAAACCCCAUGUGCCCGGGAAGUUGGUUUCGCUUCUAUUCAAAAAGAAAAAGAUGGCAUCAUUUUUAGGAAAUGCUUCCAGAGUUAGUCAUCAAAGAUUUGAUGGACUCCAUGAUUUGGAAGGAAAUCAGGAUUUCAGUAAAAUGCCACCACCACAUGAAAUUUUUUUGGACAAAUUAUCAGCAGAUCAGGUACGAUGCAAAGAAAGUUGCUACUGAAAUCAAUGGCAACAGCAAUGAUUGUGUUUAUAAGGAAGUGCUCUGACAGUUGAUGACGGGACGAUCAAGCUUCUACAAACUGUUUAUCUGGCAGAGGACGUCAUAAACACUUUAUAGAUUUUCUGAAACAGAAAGUUUUUUUUUUAAGUUUCCUUCUUUCUUAAGGUCAUCCAAGGUGCAAUUUCGUUUCAGCAACGAGAUAAAAAAAAUGUUUGGAUCAGUUGACCAACUUGGUGCCCAUUGAGGUGUGAAAAAGAACUUAUGAUGAAAACCCUAAAAGCAUUUUCGAAUGGUUCUAUGGUAUUACUGAAAAACGUUAGGAAGUUUUGGAUGAAAUAAAGCAACAGUACUUGCAAACAGCUUUUCAUCAGAUAAAUAAUGAAGAAGAUAUUGUUGGUUUUGAUUCUCAAAUUUCGGAAUUAAGAAGAUUAAUUUUGACUAGUGAGAAGCUUCUAAUAUCGGUGGUGGGUGUGGGAGGCUCUGGUAAGAUAACUAGCGAAAAGAGUUUACAACCAUUCAGAGAUAAGGAAAAUUUUCCACAACCGUGCUUGGGUUUGUGUUUCACCGGAUUUUAAAGAGAAAAAUCUUUUAGUUCAGAUAUUGAAGCAGGUGACCGAGGUUAGAGAUGAAGGGAAAUUGCCACUGUAGAUAUUGCAGCAGAAGCUUCGUAAUUUAUUAAACACGCAGUGGUACUUAACUGUCUUGGAUGAUGUCCAUGGACCUGCUAUAUGGGAGAAACUCCAAGUGGUCUUUCCGAACUCAUCAAAUGGUAGCAGGGUCAUCCUAACUAUUCGUGACCCUGAUAUAGCAACUCAUAUUGAUCCAGAAACUCCAAGUGGUCUUUCCAAACUCAUCAAAUGGUAGCAGGGUCAUCCUUACUAUCUGUGACCCUGAUAUAGCAACUCAUAUUGAUCCAGCCAUUCCUCUUCUCCAAGUAAAUCACUGAGUACAAAAGUUGGAGUUUGUUUUUGAAAAAGGCCAAAAGAGAACCAAGAGACGAAGUGUUUUCUCGGGAACAGAUUCGGGAGAAAAUCUUGCGAAAAUGUGGGGGUCUACCUAUUUCAUUAUAUGUUCUGGCUGGCUUUUUGUCUAAUAUAGAAUUUAGCACAGCUGCAUGGUUAGGGGUGAUUGAGGAUCCAAAGGGAAAUAAAAAAGAGAAGAAACGGCGGUUAAUACUAGCAAGCAAAGAAAACAACAGAAAGCUAGAAUAAGUGAUCAUACUCAGUAAGAAGCUAAUGUAGCAGGGGAAGAAAAUCACUCAGCUUUGUUAGAGGAGCCCAGUCCAAAUAUUUUGGCUUUGGGCUAUCAUGGCCUAUCUUAUCCUCUAGGUCCAUGCCUCAUUAGGCAUAGAACCUUCAGAUGUGAAGCACUCUUUAUUAACCACUUUGCCUAAUUCCAUCUGGAAGGCAAAGAACCUUCGACAUCUCUAUACGAACAGCAUUUUUCUUAAAGUUGUGAUAACUGACAAUGGGCAUCCAAUCAACCUUCAGACCUUACGGGGCGUAGUAGUAGGCCAUACUAGGCGUACAGUUAACUGGUUGAAAAGGUUGAGGUGUAUAAGGAAAUUGGGAUUGACAUGCCACACAAACUCAAUUCCAGAAAUAGCUGAUUGGAUUUCACAAUAGAACAGUCUUCAGUCUUUGCAAUUGAAAUCAAUGGAUGACAAUAAUAAACCUUCACACCUCCAUUUCCAUCCAUGUUGAGUCACACAAUGCUGUCAAACUUGUAUUUGGUCGGAAUGAUCAAUCGACUUGACAUAAAAAAACUUAUCCAAAAUCUCAGAGUCCUUACAUUGUCAAGGUAUCAUCUAUCAGAAGACCCAAUGCAGACACUAGAAGGGCUGGAACAACUGAAAGUGCUUAGGCUUUUCUCUAAUUCUUACUCGGGGAAAAAGAUGCAUUGUCCUAUUGGCAGCCGUACAUUUCCCCAACUCCAGGUAUUGAAGUUAUGGAUGCUAACAUAGUUGAUAGAAUGGACUAUCAACAAAGGAGCCAUGCCUGCCCUACGAGAUUUAGAGAUUAGAUUAAUAUAAUAAUUUGAGUAAAUUAAACUUGUUAGA